AUGGCCGUACAUCAACAGAUGCAUUCUGAUAUAACAUGGUAUAGUACCAACUUUGAUCACGUCACCCAACGCUGUAAAGAGCUGUUUGAUAAUCUGGAGGAAAGAAGAAGCAGCUUUAGACAAAAAGCAAGUCAAUUACAAGAAGAUUAUAAGCAGAAUAUUAAUAAAAUGAAAGAAAUGAAUGAAAAUUUAACAUCUUGUCUUCAAUCUCUUCAAGAUUUACAUGAUAGCCUCAGAAAAGAACAUCAGGAGCUCCAAAUGUCACAUGACACCCUCACAGCAAAUCAUCAGAAGCUUUUGAAGUCACAUGAUACCAUUACAGUUAAUCAUCAGAGGCUUAGAAACUCACACACUAGCCUCAGGAAGGAACAUCAGGAGCUUCAGGAAUCAAAUACAACGCUCACAAUUUCUCAUGAAGAGCUUCAAACAUCUCAUGAUAACCUCAGAAUCACUCAUCAGCAGGAAGUCACUCGACACCAAAAGUCACAGGAAGAGAAUGAGAACAGACUACAAGAGGUUAAUCAAAGAUUAGUUCAAGCACAGAUAGAACUAGCAGCAAAACAAAAUGAAGUGACUAAAUUACAAAAUACGCUGCAAAAAUUGGAAAAUAAUUGGAAGGUCAGUCACACAGAGGUAUCACUGUCAAAGAAAGAGCUAGGCAGAGGAGGCUGGGGUGUGAUCUGGAUGGGAGAGUUUAGGGGACAAAGAGUUGCUGUGAAACAAAUGCAUGAGCUGAUUAAAAGUGAUGAAUAUAUGGAGCUCCUUCAUAGAGAGAUAAAUACAAUGUCUCAGUUGCGUCAUCCUAAUCUCCUCCAGUUUAUAGGAGCUGUAUUAGACCAUCCAUCAGGUAAUCCUAUGAUUAUCACUGAAGUAAUGGAUACCUCAUUACGGAGUGCAUAUGAGAGGAAGGAGCUUACUACUGAUCCUGGCU